GCAAGUUCCCGCAAGUCAGAGUCACGUGGUCAGAACGUGUGAUGACGUCAGCUCAGGUAAGUUUUCACCUGGAUGCUGAACUCUGUGAUGGAGAUGCUGAUGGAUAAGGUUCUGGAGAGAAAGUUCUGACCCGGUUCUAAUCUGGUUGUACCUCAGACCUGACAUGAGUCCAGACCCUGCUGGGCUCCAGAACCGCUCUUGGGUCCGGGCCGGACCGAUACCUGCAGCUCCGUGAGGCGGGGUGUGAGCGGGUCCCCCGGCCGGCGCCGCCCGGUCUCCGCUCAGCGGGGCGGGGUCUCAGCCAGACCUGUUGUUCGGCUCUUGGAGCUCCUGGUCCCGCCUGGGUUCUGCUCGGUUCUGUCUGGCUCACCGGAACUUUUCUCUGGCUUUUGGGACUCGGUGGGAACCGAACCAGACCUCUUGGUCCAGGAAGCGCCCCCUGAUGACGAAGGCUCCUCCUCCUCCUCAGAUCUCCUUGUCUCAGCAGGUAAAGAGGAGCUGCCAUGUUGGCCUCCUCCGUCUCCUCUUCACUCCUCCUCCUCCUCUUCCUCCUCCUCCCUCCUGCAGACGCCUCCAUGCAGUGGGUGAAGCUGGAGGGCUCCCCCCUGUCCCACCUGCUGCUGGACCCGAGGGCGGGGCAGCUGUUUGUGGGCGGAGUCGACCACCUGUAUCAGCUGACCUCUGACCUGGAGGUGAUGUCACAUGUUAAAACCGGCCCUCUCCUGGACUCUCCGGACUGCCUCCCACCAAUCGUUGCUCAGGACUGCCCCUCAGCCACGCCCACUCACAACUACAACAAGCUGCUGCUUCUGGAGCCGGGGGCGGAGCUGGGGGCGGGGCCAGGAAGCCUGAUUGUCUGUGGUUCACUGUUCCAAGGAAUCUGUGAGAAACGGAGUCUGUCCAACAUCUCUCAGCUCAUCUACCGGACCUCCAACCCCGUUGACACUCAGUACGUCGCGGCCAAUGACCCUCGGAUUUCCACUGUUGCCGUGGUGAUAACCACCCGGAGCAAACAGGAAGUGGGCAAGGCCAGCGGCGAGCUGCGCCUCCUGCUGGUUGGUCGAGGCUACACCAGCCGGGGUCCUGGGGACAUCCCACCAAUCACAACGCGGCGCCUGCACCCUGUGGCUCCGCCCCGCAAAGCCUUCUCCCAGGAAGAGGAGCUCGGAAAACUCGUCGUGGGAAGUUACUCCGAAUACAACAACCACUUUGUGAAGGCUGUCGCCCACGGCGACCACAUCUACUUCCUGUUCUCACGGCGGGACAUGAGGCACACGAAGGAGUACAGGACCUACGCCUCGCGGCUCUGCGCCUCCGACCGCAGUUUCUACUCCUACGUGGAGGUGCCGCUGCUGUGCCGCGGCGGCUACAACCUGGCUCAGGGGGCGUGGCUAGGAGACCUGUCAGGUACACCGGCACUGUUUGUCGUCAUGGCGGCAGGGCAGGCGUCCACACCCAUAGCAACGAGCCGCUCGGCGCUCUGCGUUUAUACGAUGAAGGACCUGGACGCCACGAUGCGGCGGGCGCAGGAAGUGUGCUAUACAGAGGGAGGGCUUGAUAGUAGCGGGCAGGAAGAGGCCUACAUCGAGUACGCCGUGUCAUCCAAGUGUCUGAAACUCCCGAAGGAGUCUCUGUCUGACUACCCGUGUGGGGGGGAACACACCCCCAACCCCAUCGCCAGCGCCGUUCCCCUGGGAGUCCCGCCCACCGUCACGAUGAACACCCAGCUGACCUCCGUUACCGCAGCAACAGAGGUCGGACACACCAUCGCCUUCCUGGGAGAUCGAGACGGACGUCUGCACAAGGUGUUGGUGCGCCCCGAUAGAUCUGGCCAUCUGUACGGCAGCCUGUCGGUGGACGGGGGCGGAGCAAUCGGUGCCGACCUCCUAUUGGACGAGAGCCAACGCCACGUUUAUGUUUUAACCGACGACCGGGUGUCCAAGGUUCCCGUGUCGUCCUGCGAGAGACAGACAGACUGUCUGUCAUGUCUGUCCAUCAGAGACCCGUACUGCGGCUGGUGUGUCCUGGAGGGACGGUGUUCCCGUAAACAUGAGUGUGAGCGCCACCUGCUGGACAACCACUGGUUGUGGAGCUUUGAACGGACCAAUCAGUGCGUCACGGUGCAGAGCCUGCAGCCGGCCAAUCAGAGCAGAGAUGAGCAGACCCAGGUAACCAUGUCAGUCGUCCAGCUGCCCGUCCUCCAGGAGGCGGAGUCUCUGUCCUGCGUCUUCGGGAGCCUGCCUCCCCAGCCGGCCGUCGUCAUGGGAACAGAGCUCACCUGCCAGUCACCUGCGCCGGAGCUCCUCCCCCCCAUGCCGCCCAGAAGCGAUCACAUGGUCCUGCCCGUGUUUCUGAUGUUUGGUCACGUGACCGUCGCCAUGGGAAACAUGACCUUCUACGACUGCGGAGCCGUCAGCCGACUGAACCAGAGUUCCCAGUGUCUUUCCUGCAUCGGCUCCUUCUGGACGUGUAACUGGUGUCCUCUGGAUCAGAUCUGCACCCACAACCACAGCUGCCCCAGGAAGCUGGUCCUCAACCACAACGACUCGCCCGGUCCCGGUUCCGGUUCCUGCCCUCUGGUCUCGUCUCUGAGAGGUUCUGCCUUAGUGCCCAUGGGCCUGAGCACCACUAUAGUUCUAGAGGGACGAAACCUGGACAUCUACCAGGACGAAGCUCAGUACGUUUGUGUUGUUGAGGUUGAGGACGUGCAGCUCAACCUGACGGCUGCUGUGAGGAAAACCCAGGACAACACACACAUCUUCACCUGCAGCCCCCACCAGUUUCAGUACCGCCUCAGCCAGCUGCAGUAUUCUGCUGCCAUCUACCUGCGUAGAGGACAGCGACGCAUUGAUGCAUCACCUGGACUCAGACUCCACCUGUAUGACUGCUCAGCCGGCCAAUCAGAUUGCUCGCAGUGCAGGGCGGUACCUGAGGAGUACAGCUGUGUGUGGUGUCUUGGAAGCCCCGCCCCCAGAUGUGUUUACAGCCAAUCGUGCUCCGGCUCACAUGCAGAUACCUGUCCGACGCCUCAGAUCACACAGGUGCAUCCUGUGACCGGACCUGUGGAGGGUGGAAUCCUGGUAACAAUCACAGGAUCCAACCUGGGCACCAGGUACCAGGACGUGGUGGGCGGAGUCAAGGUGGCAGACGUCCCCUGUGUGGCUCAGCCUGAAGGAUACCAGAUCUCCACCAGGGUCGUGUGUGAGCUGCAGAGCAGUGGGAGUUACCGGGUCGGGAAUGUCCAGGUUACCGUGGGAACCACUCCACCUGGCCGAUCGACCCAGAGGUUCACCUAUCAGAACCCUAAGCUGACCGGUCUGGUUCCAGACAAAGGCCCGGUUUCUGGAGGAACCAAGCUGACCAUCAAAGGCCAACAGCUGCUCACCGGACAAACCUCGGACCUGACCGCCUUCCUGGACCGGCAGCCCUGCUUCAUUUUGAAUGAAGUGACUGAUUCCCAGUUUGUGUGCAAGACCAGUUCUAAUAAUCGGACCGGACCAGUUCCGGUUCGGGUCUUCUUUGGUAAAGCUAAUCGGACCGGUCCUGAUCUUACCUUUCGUUACCUGGACGACCCCGUCAUCACCAAAGCUACACCUGCAGAGAGCUUCUAUGCGGGAGGGCGUGUCAUCAAGGUGAUGGGCAGGAACCUGGACGUGGUGCAGGACCCGGUGGUAUCUGUGUGGGUGGAGCCUCUGGAGGUGCAGAGAGUGAAACGGAGAAGGCGGUUGGCUCUCUUGACCGCCAGGCAGCAGUUGGUCUUUAACGGCACCAUGACCACAGUGUCUGAGCGCUGCUCUGUCCUGUCGCCCUCUGAGAUCACGUGUCUGACCCCUGCGGUGCCCCCAGAGGUCAGAGUUAAGGGGGUGUGGUUUCAGCUGGACAACGUCCGGGUCCACUACGACAGCAUCGAGGGUAAGAGCUUCACCUAUUACCAGAACCCCCAGUUCUUUCCUCUGAACCGAGACGCUCCGGACGCUCCGUACCGCUUCAAACCCGGCGGAGUGAUCGCUGUAGAGGGUCUGGACCUGACCAGAGCCAUGUCCAAGGAUGAAGUCCGGGCUCAGCUUGGAGAUCAAGACUGUGAGGUGAAGACUCUGGACCGAACCCACCUGUACUGCGAACCCCCUGAGAACCAGCCUCUGAGCGUGGACGGCAGCAGCGAGCUGCCCAUGCUGAAGGUGUUCAUGGGGAACCUGCAGGCGGACCUGGGUCUGGUCCAGUACGACAGCGACUCGUUGCUAUCCCCCAUCCCGCUGGCGGCGCAGAUCAGUCUGGGUGCAGGAGCUGCUGUCAUCAUCCUGUCGGUGCUGAUCGUCAUUCUCAUGUACAGGAGGAAGAGUAAACAGGCUCUCCGAGAUUAUAAGAAGGUUCUGCUGCAGUUGGAAACUCUGGAGAUCAACGUGGGAGAUCAGUGCCGUAAAGAGUUCACAGACCUGAUGACAGAAAUGAUGGACCUCAGCAGCGACGUGGGAGGACCGGGUCUCCCUCUGCUUGACUACAAGACGUACGCAGAGAGGAUUUUCUUCCCUGGCCAGCAGACGGCGCUGCUGAGCCGGCAGUUGGACCUGCCGGAGUCCAGGAGGCCGACGGUGGAGCAGGGCCUCCAGCAGCUCAACAACCUGCUCAACAACAGACUCUUCCUCACCAGGUUCAUCCACACCCUGGAGGCCCAGCAGGGCUUCUCCCAGCGGGACCGCGGCUACAUGGCCAGUCUGCUCACCAUCGCGCUGCACGACAAGCUGGAGUACUUCACCGAGGUCAUGAAGACGCUGCUGCAGGACCUGGUGCAGCAGUACGUCGCCAAGAACCCCAAACUCAUGCUGCGCCGGACGGAGACAGUUGUUGAGAAGAUGUUGACCAACUGGAUGUCCAUCUGCCUCUAUUCUUUCCUGAAGGAAGUGGCCGGGGAGCCGCUCUACAUGCUCUACCGGGCCAUAAAGUACCAGGUGGACAAGGGCCCGGUGGACGCUGUGACGGGGAAGGCCAAGCGGACGCUCAACGACAGCCAUCUGCUGCGAGAGGACAUCGAUUACUCUGCCAUGACUCUGAACGUCCUGGUGAAGAACGGAGUCGAGGUUCAGCCGUGUCCCAUUAAAGUUCUCGACACCGACACCAUCACCCAGGUGAAAGAUAAGAUCCUUGAUCAGGUCUACAGAGGAGCUCCGUUCUCUCAGAGACCAGCAGCUGACAGUCUGGACCUGGAGUGGCGUUCGGGUCAGGCAGGUCACCUGACUCUGUCAGACGAUGAUGUCACAGCGGUGGUUCAAGGUCGCUGGAAAAGGCUCAACACCCUGCAGCAUUACAAGGUUCCAGAUGGCGCCACAGUUGCCCUGAUCCCUCGAUUUCUCAGUUCAGGGGUCAACCAGGUGUUUCAGACCGGAGAAAAAACACCAAUGCUGGAAGGUGAGGAAGAGGAGGGUCUGCGUCUGUGGCACCUGGUGAAGAGCAGCGAAGAUUCAGAGAUCCCAAAACACCGGAAGAGCAGCAUGAGGGAACGGGAGAGAGCCAAGGCCAUUCCUGAGAUUUACCUGACCAGACUGCUGUCCAUGAAGGGGACACUGCAGAAGUUCGUGGAUGAUGUCUUUGUGGCCAUCCUCAGCACCAAGCGUCCUCCUCCAAUCGCUGUCCGGUUUUUCUUCGACUUCCUGGACGACAUGGCGGAGAAACACGGGAUCGACGACCCCGAGACCGUCCACAUCUGGAAGACAAACAGUCUCCCUCUGAGGUUCUGGGUCAACAUCCUGAAGAACCCGCAGUUCGUCCUGGACGUCCAGGUGACGGACAGCAUCGACGCCGUCCUCUCCGUCAUCGCCCAGACCUUCAUCGACUCCUGCACCACCUCCGAACACAAAGUGGGACGGGACUCUCCGGUCAACAAGCUGCUUUAUGCCAGAGAGAUCCCGCGCUACAAACAGCUGGUGGAGCGGUACUACAGUGACAUCCACAGCGCCGCAUCAGGAUGCUACCAGGAGAUGAACUCCACUCUGACGGAGCUGUCCGGGAGCUUCGCCUCAGAGAUGAACAGUCUUGUUGCUCUUCAUGAACUCUACAAAUACAUCAACAAAUAUUACGACCAGGUCAUCAUGUCCCUGGAGGAGGACACGUCAGGUCAGAAGAUGCAGCUGGCGUAUCGGCUGCAGCAGGUUGCCGCCCUGGUGGAGAACAAAGUCACUGACCUCUGACCUGCGAGUCCUGAGGAAGAGGAGAGACAGCGAAGCUGAUUGGACGGCUGCUGCCUGUCUGUCUGCGUGGGGGACGCCCAGUCUUUCAUAAUCGGUCUUCCGGUUCCCUCACACGGCGGCGGCCGCCAUCUUACGACAAUCCAACCAAUCAGGGAACACCGUCGCCACCUGCUGCCUUGCACUACAAUUCCCAGAGUUCUUUGCUGUCUGAGUCUAAAAGCACAACUUCAAUAGUUUCUUCUGUGUUUGUAUUAGUUCCGACAUAAAACCUGCUGUUUUCUAUGUUUUUCUACUGAAACCAGCUGAUUGGACUCUGAACGGCCAGAACCAGAAGUUCUGGUGCUGCUGGGCGUUUCUGAACGCAAUAAUCUGAAUCAGGGAGUGUUUUCAUCUGACCCGGUUCUGCUGAGGUUUUGGACUCGGAACUCAGGUCGAGCUGCGGCGGUGAGAAGGGAAACCUGUCCACAUGUUGGCGGGCACUGCGCCCAAGUCCACCUGGCUGCAGCAACAGGAAGUGGCGGGACGGACCGCUGUCAGUCUCGGACCUUACAUGGAAAUGGGACCAUUGCACUCCGGAAGUGAAGGGGGCGCUAUUUCCUAUGUUAUCCGCGGCCUCCCGUUUUUAUUUUCUUUUGAAACCUGUGAUAUAUUUUCAUCUUUAGGAAGGAUUUUCACUCUCAGCAUGUUUUUGAACUUCUCUCCUUUAUUUACUUCAGCUCACAGUUUUUAACAAAUUCUGUAGCUUUCUGUGAACUUCUAAAUCUGCUCCUUAGUAGAAUCUUUUUGGGUCUGAUACUGCCUCUAGUGGCGUGGGGUGGUAGCACAACUAAUAUAAUUACAUUAAUAAAUGAGUCUUUAUUAUUUACUGUUAAUUUCGGCAUUAUUGGCACCAAAAAAGAUCAAUCUAUUAUAGGAGGAAUAAAAGAAAUAAGCAGAUAUGAAAAGCAACAUGAUGAACUAUAAUAAAAAUCAUUUACAAUGUAUACAUAAGAAACUGAGCAAAUGUCAAUAAGAAACAAAUGAAUUAGAUUCACAGAAGAAAAACAAAUCUGUUAAUUAACAACCAGAACUGUAAAACAGAUACAAGCUAAAAUUCACAUCUUUUGCUUUUACUGUGCCAUUCAUAUUAUUCUGAGAGAUUUUGGUGUGUCUGUAGAGUUUUAUACAUAGAAAAAGAAACUAAUCAGUCAUGGUGGAAAUUUCCCUUUGACUCUAAAACUACAAAAUAAAACACAUUCAUAGAUUCACAAUAUCAACAAUUUGUGCAUCAAGUAAAAUACUUUACAUGCUACAUGUAAAUGUUAUUUAGUUUUGUUAAGAAUAAUUAUUGCACUUUUAAUAAAUGACUUGUGAUCGAUGUCCUCAGGUACCAGAGGGAAACGGUAUCGCCUCCAUGAGCUCAGAGGAUCAAACUGAUGAAAAACAAGAUGGAUGCUCUCUGCUCAAAUGUCCCUUCAGUCUCCCAUGUUCUUACAGCAAACAGUUGAGACAGAGUCGUUUUACCUGCCAUUCAAAGUAUUAAAAGUUUGUCUGCUGUUCUGCAGCUCCUGUGACCAAACCAGUCAAGGAGAUGAAAAGUUAAAA